AUGAUAGUUAGUCCAUAUUUCACGGCCGAGAAGGCUGUUCUCCCUUUCGACAAGGUCAUCGAGCUCGAGAGAAUCGAUGCAUGGCUGUUCCGCUCAAAAGUGAAGGCUUUCUCGACUUCCGGAGGCGAGUACGGAACAUAUGGUGGCCAUGUGUUCGCACAAGCAGCAUGGGCAGCGGCUCAGACAGUUGCAGAAGGAAUGUUGAUACAUAACAUCACAGGCUGGUUCAUCCUCAGCGGCCAGCCUAACGAGCGUCAAAUGUACAAAGUCGACAAGAUAAGAGAUGGAAGAAAUUACUGCACACGCUCCGUCACUGUGGUUCAAGAUGCAGGCCAAGCAAUGUUUACAUGCACGUGUUCGUUCAAGCGCGAGGAAACCUCACCUUUUGAUGUUCAAGAGCACACCGACCUAAAGAAAAAGUACUGCGAGGUUCUCGAGGGGAAACAGCACGAGCCGAUGCUGCAUGAUGCUGCGCCGAGUAAUGAUUCGGAGGACUUUCGCGAGAGGUAUCUUCCUUCCCACCCGGAGCAUUUCAACCCAAUUGGAGGUCUGCAUUUCAGAAGGACGGAUAUGGGCAAGUACAACGCAAGUCGCGACCCACUGGAAAGACGCCAGUUGACUUUCUACACGUUACGAGGAAGUCUGCCCCUGCCACCGCUGAAAAAGGGUAAAGGGAUCGUCACGAGAGAAGCAAACCUGCACGCGUGCGCACAUCUGUAUGCUUCGGACCGCAAUUCGCUGUUCAUGAUACCGAAUCAUCUCGACAGAGGGAAAGAAUUCACAAGUAUGGCCAGUUUGGCGCACACCGUCAUCUUCCACGUCGGUGUCAAGGACCUGAUCAUGCCGCCGGAGCCACACAUCGACCACCCUAACGCUGAUCGGACGCAUUGGGGGGACGAGAAGCUAUCCCUGUGCUCGCUGGAUGGGUACGAGGAGAAUGACAGGGAUGCAGAUGGGAGGAAAUGGUUCGUGCAAGAAGCUUGGACGACGCGGGUGACUGGUGGGAGAGCCUUGCACACGAGUCGGAUGUGGGACUACGAAAGAGGAGUGCACAUAGCGACAACACUUCAGGAUGGGAUGAUCCGGUUCGACGAUGGAAAGGCGAGGGUGAAUGCAAAGAUAUAG